UUCUACAAAUCAAAUCCCCCAGAACAUCUGAAACAGCUGCUAGUACAUAACAAAAUCUGAUUCAUAGCCACUUCUCUAGUUCACUAACAGUAGCAAUAUAGUUUCCCUCGUAUGGCCAGAUACUAUAAUCAGUACUACUUCUGGGAGUAUUUCUCUUUCCCAGUCCAUCUUUGCUUCUUCAUGUUCAUACUUUUCUUUGUGUUGGCGUUUUCGUGGUACAUAAACUACGAGUCUGUGUUUGAGGACUUGCUUAUACAGGUGAAAAUUUUGCUUGCUUUUGUUCCACUACUGUUGUUGCUGGUUGUUCACUGUCUCUCAAGUGGAGGAUCAUUCCCAAUACCCUUGCCGGAGGAGAGGGACUCGCUGCACAGGGCUGGAGGAUCUCCAUGGGGAGUGGCACUGGUACUUGUGUUCUUGCUAUUCAUGAUGGCUUAUCAGUCUUCUUUCCAUGAGCGUUGGUUUCCUUUGGCUAAUAGAUGAUGUUCCUGAUGUUGUUGCAAGCUAGUGUGAGGUUCAAGUUUCUGUAAUAUUUGUCAUAACGUUAGUUAGUAGCUUAGUUUUAUUUUGAUAUGAAGUCUUAUAAAAAAAUUGCCUUCCUUUUUAUUAUUAAUUAGUUUUAUUUGCUAUAUAAAAGAGGCAGUUGCUAAAACAGAUUGAUAUUUUUCUAUCA